UAAGGCCUGUAGCAGAAACGAGGUGGAAGUGAAAGAUGCAGAAGCGACGCGUUCCAUCACGUCCCCAAUUCCGAAAUUCUGCCUUCGCUCCCAAUUUGGGCCUGAUGACGUAACGAACGCGAUUCCCCGGUCCCGACGUGUCAAUUUCGUGACAUCUCGACCUACCUCGACUUCUGCCUGCCACCACCGAACGUGCAUGAAGUGCAUCGACUGACACAACUCCGAGGACGGUGCACUGACGCUGAAGAGAAGGGAGGGGAGUCUUCAAGAUGGGGAUCAAAAAUUUAUAUCAGCUGAUCAAGGACAAUUGUCCCGAUGCCGUCAAAGAAGGCGAGAUCAAGAACCACUUCGGCCGCAAAGUCGCCAUCGAUGCCUCCAUGUCCCUCUACUCCUUCCUCAUCGCCGUCCGCAGCGAUGGCCAGCAGCUCAUGUCCGACACCGGCGAGACCACUUCACAUCUCAUGGGCCUCUUCUACCGCACCCUGCGCAUCGUCGACAACGGCAUCAAACCCCUCUACGUCUUCGAUGGUGCCCCACCCAAGCUGAAGUCGGGCGAGCUUGCCAAGCGUUUCCAGCGCAAGUCCGAAGCUCAAGAGUCCCACGAAGAGAUGAAGGAGAUUGGCACCGCAGAAGAUGUCGAGAAGUUCAGCAGGCGCACAGUCAGAGUCACCCGGGAGCACAACGCAGAAGCACAGCGCCUGCUCAAACUCAUGGGUGUACCCUACCUCAUCGCCCCGACUGAAGCCGAAGCACAAUGCGCCGUACUUGCACGCGCAGGCAAAGUCUACGCCGCCGCCUCCGAAGACAUGGACACCCUCACCUUCAACUCGCCCGUCCUACUACGCAAACUGACCUUUUCCGAACAACGCAAAGAGCCCAUCCAGGAACUUAGCCUCGACAAAGUCCUCGAAGGCCUGGAGAUGGAGUACGAGCAAUUCAUUGACCUCUGCAUUCUCCUCGGCUGUGACUACGUCGACCCUAUCAAAGGCAUCGGCCCCAAAGUCGCUCUCAAUCUGAUACGUGAACACAAGACUCUUGAGGGUGUCGUCGCGCACAUCGAGAAGACGGAGAAAUUCACCAUACCUGAAGACUGGCCCUACAAAGAAGCCCGUCUACUCUUCCUCGAACCGGACGUCCGCGGCGCCGAAGAUCCCGAAUGCGACUUCAAGUGGGACAACCCCGAUGUGGAAGGUCUCGUGAAGUUCUUGGUGGAAGAGAAAGGCUUCUCCGAAGACCGCGUGCGUUCUGCUGCGCAGCGUCUGCAGAAGAAUCUCAAGUCCAGCCAGCAGAGUCGUCUCGAGGGUUUCUUCAAGGUGAAGGAGAAAACGGACGAAGAGAAGCAGGCGUUGAAGCGGAAGAACGAAGAGAAGCUGGAGGAGCGGAAGAAGAAGCAGAAGAUCGAGGCCAAGGCGAAGAAGGAGGCCAAGGCCAAGCCGAAGAUGAACUCCUGAUAUCUUUGUUGCCCCGUGUGAUGCAGCGUAUGGCGUUAUGAAGCGGCACGACUAUGGGAAUGGGGAUGGCACGGCGGUCGGAGUUACAGCCGAGGACACGGUGUCUUGCCAGGAGCUCACGAUGAGCUUUCUAUACAGUGAAGGCUUCAGCAAGUCUGCAAAAGAAAAGUCUUCAAAAAGAAAAGCAUUGAAACGAAAAUGGGAACA